GUUAAAUGUAUGUCAACUCUCGUUAACACUUGCGAGGUUUUGCGAGGGCCUUUUGCGAGAUCUGGGAAAAUCAAAAACAUUUGAUUUGAUUUGUAGAGUUCUCUUGUUUUUUCACUUUUCCUGAUGGUGCAUCAUGCGUUUCAGAGCAAAACUUGUAGACAUAGGAUGUAUUCAACAUUUUACAAGAGUGGUGAGCACAAUCGCAAAGCUUGUAAAAGGAUGCACCUUGAGGCUUACAAGCAACAAGAUUUACUUCAUCCUCUCUGAAAGAGUCGCCAAUGGAGGCAUUAGUAUUUGGUGUGAAUUAACUCAGGGACAUUUCUUCAAUGAGUAUCAGAUUGAGGGCCUUAGUGAGGAGUUCAAUGAGAUCUACUUAGAUGUAAUUCCUGAUAAUUUACUGAGAGCCUUGAAAACUGGACAACAGGCUAAAUCUGUGAAGAUUAAACUUACAAAGAAACAUACACCUUGCCUUACAGUUGAAGUGGAAUUGCCAUCACUGAGCAAUCAUUCUAGAUUUGUUACCCACGAUAUUCCUGUAAAUGUGAUUCCAAGGAGGCUGUGGGAUGAUUUUGAAGAGCCAGAAAUGCCUGAUUUUGAUGUGAGCAUCUACAUGCCUCAUCUAAAGACUCUAAGGCAUGUUGUAGAUCGCAUGAAGAAUCUUAGUAAUUUUGUGGUAAUCAGAGCAAAUCAGAAUGGAGAGAUGACACUGAAGAUAGAAACAGAUAUGGCCAGUGUCUCCACACAUUUCAAAGAUCUUACAAAUCCAGAUUGGAGCAAAGACCAAGAUCAGUCACAAAACAGGAACAUACAGACGGACAGUAACCAGUUCAUUCAAGCCAGAAUUGACAUUAGAAAAUUUUCACAAUUUUUGUCGGGUCAACAAGUGAAUCCCCAGAAAGUGAUUUGUAAUAUUGUAGAUAAUAGGAUUAUCCAUUUCUUUGUUUUACACGAGGAUGUUUCAUUACAGUACUUUAUGCCAGUUAUUUCAACUUGACACAGCAAAAUGGAAGUUUUAGUGAAGUUACCAGAUGCGGUCAACACAGCUUUUCUUACUGAAAGUUUACACUGGUACUUGUUUCUCAAAAGUACAUGUAUUGCAAUAUUUGAUUCAUUGAAUUUGAUUGAUAUUCAACAAGAUUUAUUUCAUGAAUAUGGCUGUUUGGAGAAUUGUCUCAUGUCAAGCUCCAAUAUGUAGCCAGCACACAAUGAGAAACAAGAUUUGUGAUAUUUAUACUGAAAUGAUCCGGGCUUAUUUCAUUAAAGGGUGACAGUGCCGAUUUCUGAACCAAAACUGAAAAUAAAUCUUAAACCUGCACCUUGCAUGUUCAAACUUUGUCAUGAAUCUUUUGUGUAAGGAAUUAUUAGUUAUAAAUUUUGACAGGUCGGGUGCACACUGUAAUUUGCACUUAACAUGCUGCUUACUUUUUCAGGUCUUGAUAUUUUCAGGAAAGAAGCUUUGUGUCAAAGUCUGUUAAUGGUG